UGUGCUUUGGGAGUUGUCUAUUGUUUCUAGUCUGUCAUUAUACAGGAUUCUUGUUCAGCACGCGUGCAGUGACCACGCUUGGCUGACUUCCGAAUGCCCACCGAGAUAUUCCCGUCACGAGUUGGUUUAAUUAUUGGCUUGCAUUAAACCUAUGAAAAAAUGAUAUUUUUUUAAUAGUAAGUAGAUUUAGUGUGUAGCAUUUCUUGAUUUUUUUGCAAAGGCACAAGAAGCACGAUAAUUGAUUAAAAAUUGUUUGUUACACCUCUAUGUAUCACGCGAUGGACUGUCUCACUGUACCAAAAUUAUCAUAUCUCAUAGAAUCUCAUCUCAUAGUUUAUUAGAUACAAUCCGUGUAAAGUUUGCUUAUCAUUUUCGCAUAAAUUAUGACCUAACUUUGGAAACCGCUGAAUUUCUGGAAUUGGGUCUUUGCGAUUUUGGUGAAACUCUGUUGAGCGCAAGGCAAUAAUGCGCACUAUGUGUAGCUUAGAGAUUUUCACGGAAAAAUGCCGGCAACAACAGAUUUUCGACUCAGACCUCAAAGGGGCGUGGCAUUAUAACCACGUGACAUUUACUCCGAUCACCAAAAAGGUUAUGUUAUAUUGUAGAUUGAUCUAUAUGUUAUCCAUUCUAUGUGUUAGACUUACGAUAAAAGUAAAGGUAGGGAUACCAGAGAGCUUCAAAGUAGGAUGGUACCCCCCCCAAAAAAAAACUGGGUCGACUCACCUUAAGUGGUUUUGAACUAUAAUCUCAUUCGGUGCCCCUGUUUUAUAUCUUGCUAUACUUCCAAGUUAGAUUUGAAUUAAAUAUUAACCUAUUUAACAUGUGUUCAUUAAUUUAUUUAGGACAUUUCUUUUACCAAAGUGUACAAGAAUGCCCCAAGUGUAUUUGUAUCAGCGAAUCACACUUCCAGUGGGGGAGGCCUGGAUCCAAUGCACAACUCCAUAACCGCUUGGGUUGAGGUGAGUCAGGGAUCUGCGUAGUUAAGGGCUAUAAAAUAAACUUUGAGGCGUUAGCGCCCGCGUUGGCGGUGCGGGUAUUUGUUAACUAACUGAAUUGUUAAACUUUCUGUCACGGCAAUAAACCAUUUAAGGAUUAUUUCUAGGAGGGGUGCAAUUAAGUCAUAGCGUUGAAAAUAAGUGACCCAACAGGCAGUGUGCAUUUCUUAGUUUCAUUCUCAUUAAUACCAGCGCUUUUGACUACAUUAAUUUAUUAAGCAACGCCAAUGACGUAUACCUUAACCCUAAUAAACUAAAGCCUCGUCCAAACAAACGCAACACUGUUGGCCAACAACUCCCAACAUUGUUGUUAGCAGAAGUCAAAGAAGAAUAAAGACCAAGAUGUAAUUCAGGUUCCUGGUACUUCAUGGUGUAGCAAGCUAGUUGCUUGAACACACUCCAACACAUACAACAAUGCUGGGAGUUGUUGGCCAACAAUAGUGUGUCCGGUUAAUUGCACGGGGCUGAAAACUGUAGUUAAUACAGUAUUAACUAAGAAGACUAAGAAGAAAUGAUUAAGGAAUUGUGCAUUAUUGUGCUCUUAUCGUCACAUAUCUCAUAUUUCAGUAUAUCAACAGGACAGGAGCUCGAGUGUGUUUAAAAGAGUUGUACGAGUCUAAGUACGACCCUCUCUCAGUAUCAUACACUGUCUUAUCAGGUAAGAACGUGUUUAUGGAAUUCUCGUUUUAGUAACACAUAGGUUUCACUGAUCACUCACAACUAGUUCAUUAUGAAUGCAUAAAGAGAUACUGGCUCAGAUACGAGGGUCAUUUCAUUAACAGAGGAAGGCGAUCAUUUUAAAUAUUAGCUCCCUGGAAGUUGCCAUUGAUUAUCUCAUGUACAAACUGCUUUCAAUUUGGCGUCGUCAGUUUUAUUUUCCUCUUUUCCUCCUACUAAGCGUAUCGGCCUCACAAGCAGUUGGGAUGAUGUUUGUGAAGUUGCCUCGUCCCCAGUCGCUAGCGUUGCGCGUUGCUUUCCUCCAUUUCUUGCGCUUCUCGAUUGUUCUGUUGUCGCCUCUAUAAAGGCCUGGGAAAGCCUGUGGAAAAGGCACUCUUUAAGGGACAAAUGCGGGGGAUUUCUAAACUGCACAGUCUUUUAUAUCUUUAUCACAGAUAUUUGCCAGCCAAGAUGGAGUUAUUUUGGUGGCUACUGUUACUUCACAAGUCGAGCAUGCGCCUCGUGGCAAUUACCUUCUAUAAGCCCAAACUUGAGUAAACAUUGAAGAUUUUUAGCGUUUUGGCUGAGUUUGUGCUUUGGGAGUUGUCUAUUGUUUCUAGUCUGUCAUGAUACAGCAUUCUUGUUCAGUACGCGUGCAAUGACCACGCUUGGCUGACUUCCGACUGCUCACCGAGAUAUGAUAAUUUAGUAUAAGAAAAUGGAAGGGAUUCCCGUCACGAGUUGGUUUAAUUAUUGGCUUGCAUUAAACCUAUGAAAAAAUGAUAUUUUUUUAAUAGUAAGUAGAUUUAGUGUGUAGCAUUUCUUGAUUUUUUUGCAAAGGCACAAGAAGCACGAUAAUUGAUUAAAAAUUGUUUGUUACACCUCUAUGUAUCACGCGAUGGACUGUCUCACUGUACCAAAAUUAUCAUAUCUCAUAGAAUCUCAUCUCAUAGUUUAUUAGAUACAAUCCGUGUAAAGUUUGCUUAUCAUUUUCGCAUAAAUUAUGACCUAACUUUGGAAACCGCUGAAUUUCUGGAAUUGGGUCUUUGCGAUUUUGGUGAAACUCUGUUGAGCGCAAGGCAAUAAUGCGCACUAUGUGUAGCUUAGAGAUUUUCACGGAAAAAUGCCGGCAACAACAGAUUUUCGACUCAGACCUCAAAGGGGCGUGGCAUUAUAACCACGUGACAUUUACUCCGAUCACCAAAAAGGUUAUGUUAUAUUGUAGAUUGAUCUAUAUGUUAUCCAUUCUAUGUGUUAGACUUACGAUAAAAGUAAAGGUAGGGAUACCAGAGAGCUUCAAAGUAGGAUGGUACCCCCCCCAAAAAAAAACUGGGUCGACUCACCUUAAGUGGUUUUGAACUAUAAUCUCAUUCGGUGCCCCUGUUUUAUAUCUUGCUAUACUUCCAAGUUAGAUUUGAAUUAAAUAUUAACCUAUUUAACAUGUGUUCAUUAAUUUAUUUAGGACAUUUCUUUUACCAAAGUGUACAAGAAUGCCCCAAGUGUAUUUGUAUCAGCGAAUCACACUUCCAGUGGGGGAGGCCUGGAUCCAAUGCACAACUCCAUAACCGCUUGGGUUGAGGUGAGUCAGGGAUCUGCGUAGUUAAGGGCUAUAAAAUAAACUUUGAGGCGUUAGCGCCCGCGUUGGCGGUGCGGGUAUUUGUUAACUAACUGAAUUGUUAAACUUUCUGUCACGGCAAUAAACCAUUUAAGGAUUAUUUCUAGGAGGGGUGCAAUUAAGUCAUAGCGUUGAAAAUAAGUGACCCAACAGGCAGUGUGCAUUUCUUAGUUUCAUUCUCAUUAAUACCAGCGCUUUUGACUACAUUAAUUUAUUAAGCAACGCCAAUGACGUAUACCUUAACCCUAAUAAACUAAAGCCUCGUCCAAACAAACGCAACACUGUUGGCCAACAACUCCCAACAUUGUUGUUAGCAGAAGUCAAAGAAGAAUAAAGACCAAGAUGUAAUUCAGGUUCCUGGUACUUCAUGGUGUAGCAAGCUAGUUGCUUGAACACACUCCAACACAUACAACAAUGCUGGGAGUUGUUGGCCAACAAUAGUGUGUCCGGUUAAUUGCACGGGGCUGAAAACUGUAGUUAAUACAGUAUUAACUAAGAAGACUAAGAAGAAAUGAUUAAGGAAUUGUGCAUUAUUGUGCUCUUAUCGUCACAUAUCUCAUAUUUCAGUAUAUCAACAGGACAGGAGCUCGAGUGUGUUUAAAAGAGUUGUACGAGUCUAAGUACGACCCUCUCUCAGUAUCAUACACUGUCUUAUCAGGUAAGAACGUGUUUAUGGAAUUCUCGUUUUAGUAACACAUAGGUUUCACUGAUCACUCACAACUAGUUCAUUAUGAAUGCAUAAAGAGAUACUGGCUCAGAUACGAGGGUCAUUUCAUUAACAGAGGAAGGCGAUCAUUUUAAAUAUUAGCUCCCUGGAAGUUGCCAUUGAUUAUCUCAUGUACAAACUGCUUUCAAUUUGGCGUCGUCAGUUUUAUUUUCCUCUUUUCCUCCUACUAAGCGUAUCGGCCUCACAAGCAGUUGGGAUGAUGUUUGUGAAGUUGCCUCGUCCCCAGUCGCUAGCGUUGCGCGUUGCUUUCCUCCAUUUCUUGCGCUUCUCGAUUGUUCUGUUGUCGCCUCUAUAAAGGCCUGGGAAAGCCUGUGGAAAAGGCACUCUUUAAGGGACAAAUGCGGGGGAUUUCUAAACUGCACAGUCUUUUAUAUCUUUAUCACAGAUAUUUGCCAGCCAAGAUGGAGUUAUUUUGGUGGCUACUGUUACUUCACAAGUCGAGCAUGCGCCUCGUGGCUGACCGCUGAAUCAAACUGUUCUACGAUGAGUUCGAAUUUGGUAACGGUUCACAAUCAAGAAGAAAAUGUCUACAUUCAACACCGUCACAACGGAGAGAGAUCUUGGAUUGGACUCAAUGACCGAAGUGUGGAGGGCUCCUUUGUGUGGACAAACAAAGAAAUAAGUAGUUUUAGGUUCUGGGCCCCACAGCAACCGAAUGACUGGAAAAACGAAGACUGUGUUCACACUCUUGGAGCCAAGCAUGGUUACGCUUGGAAUAAUGUGCCUUGUCAUAACUGCUACAAUUAUACUUGUUUUAAAGGUACGAGGCAUAGUAAGAUUUAUAUCUAUGUUAAUCCUCAUGAACCAGAAAGGCUUCUAGACAUUUUUAAAAAUGCAUUUAACAAGCCCAGAGCACAUACAGCAUUUGAUUUUACGCAAAAAACGAUCGAAACAGAUUGCAUGGAAAAGUAGCAUAGCCAAUCAGACUAACUGAAGUUAGAGUGCUUUCGGUAUUGGAAACAUUGCUGAUUACCACCUACAUUUUGCAUAAAAAAAAUGUCCAUUUAUACCGAAAAAUGGCCGCAAACGCCUGAAAUCGGAAUCACAAAUUGAUUUAAAGAAAUAUUGGAAGUCGAAUUUAUAUUCCACCAUUUUGUUUAGGAAAACGUUCCGUUGGUGUUCGGCGGAUAUUAGGAACCUUACGAAACUACGACAACUAGGGCGACGGCAACGUCAAAAAGCCGGCAAUAGGUUUAGUUAGAAAAACAACAACUCUGCACGUGCAUAACGCUUUUCUGUACUGUAACAUUUCUUUGCCGUCCCUGCACGACUACGACGUAAAAUGACCUCAAGGUUUCUUGAGGACGGGAACGGCAAGGCGAUAAAUUCUGCCACCUCGGCCUGAAAUCAGGUGCGGCCCCCUCUCCAGCUCCAACAUAAAUUCCUUUCUUUUAAGUAACUGGGAGACUUGGAAUAAUCGCAAAAUGGUUUGAAAGGAUGCGGAGUCUAUUUUUCAGCGAUGUUUUCAUGGACGUUGCCGUUGUCGGAUCGUAAGGUCCCUAUUUUCCACUGGAACGACGGGAAAAGUCACGCUGACCUCUAUUUACUUUUCAAGACACAGUUUUGCAAAUGGUUAACGAAAAUGAGUACAGGGUAUAGUUAACGACCCUUUUUCGCAUGUUCCUGCCUUCUGACAUUUUAUUUUUCCUUGCUAGUGCGCGUUGAUUACCCAAAUACCCUACAGUAUAUAAAACUGUACUUUUUAAACAAGCUUCAUUAACUAUGAAAAAGUCAUGUCGUUUCUACAAGAAGUCUCUGCGUGCUUUCUUUUAUAGACUUAGAUGAAUGUACCACUGGUUCGCAUUCCUGUGACAUCAAUUCCGUAUGCCAGAAUACCGUGGGUUCAUACAAAUGCUCAUGUAAUGCUGGGUACACAGGAGAUGGAANUUGGAUGAAUGUACCACUGGUUCGGAUUCCUGUGACGUCAAUUCUGUAUGCCAGAAUACCGUGGGUUCAUACACAUGCUCGUGUAAUGCUGGGUACACAGGAGAUGGAAAACCUUGCAAUGGUAUUUAAAAAAACAGUCGAACCUUCCUGUGAGACUAAAGAGACGGAUCCAGGGGGAGGGUUGACUGGGUUGUAACUUUCCCCUCCCCCAUGGGCGGUUUUCAAACUUGUCUCACUACCCAAGUCUAUCCCUUACCAAAAAAUAGUAUGAUAACUAUAAUAUAAGUUCCCGUCCAAUCGAUAAUUACAAGAAGACUGUAGCUAUUCCUCUUCUCGACCCCUUAAUCGAUUACAGUAAAUAAGGCACUGCAGCUGCAUGAUAAAGUAGGAGGCAUGCUGUUCUGGGAGAAAGAAAUUUCAUUUCUGAAAUCCCUGGGAAAUUAGGUACUAAGUAAAUGGAAAACACUCUGGCAGUCAACAGAUAGGGAGCUUCCAAACAACCUUUUAUUAGCACUUGGUGUUUGCGAUGAAGAUGCUUUUCCAAACAUCUAUCGCCCUCUGGCAAGAGAGGAUAAAGGGGACAGAGAAGGCAUUCCCCAUACUCACCCUAUUCCAUAGGUAAUUCGUCUCGAGUUAUUUUUAGAAUCGGGAUAAAGUUACCUCGCGCGCUGCGUGGAUGUUUCGUGGAGGUUUCGCUUGACUAAACGCCGUGCAAAACAUGUCGGCCGAAAGGCAAUGAAAGCGUAAUGAGAUUGAGAGCAUUCCUGAAUAUUGAAGCGAAAUGAAUCGGCACUCACCUGGGAAAAGGGAAUCGCUGGACUCUUUGACAACCCGUGAAAUUAGUUUAACUCGAAGUUGUCGUAACCUCAGAGCUUUAAUAAAAUAAGUAAUUUCGCUGGUCUAUUGAAACCGGUCGUUGGUACAGUAAAGCAAGUAGGACGCCAAGUGUUAUUUUUGUUGAAUAAUAAAAGACUUAUAAAAGAAUAAAUAUCAAACCAGAAAUUGCUCUCUUCAAACUGUAAAUUAUAAAUGAGAGAAUAUUCAGUAUGUUAACGAUUUCCCUGCUGUACUGUUAGCUCUAUACAAGAGAGGAAGAGCGAUUCUUUUUUAAUUUCUGUUUCGCUGACACAGCUUUAGCAGAAUCUUUCUGUAGUCGUUUUCGUCGAGAAAACGAAUAGCAAUAGCAAAAUCGCUCUCCGCCAUUUUGUUCUGCGUCAAUUCGUGAAGGACGCGUGGCUCUGAGCGUGGGUCAUCCACGCGAAACACAUUCUCGCUAUGUGAUUGGCUGUUGUCUAAUCCCCCUUAGGAUCUGUGGUCUUAAAAAUAACUCGAGACGAAUUACCUAUGGAAUAGGGUGUGUUUGGGGGAUGCCUUCUCUGUCCCCUUUAUCCUCUCUUGCCCUCUGGUCAUUGCCUGCACCCUACCGAUCACAAGCGCAGAAGCUAAGCGAUCGUUUUCACUGAUGAAAUGAAUCAAGACCUGCUCUAGGUCAACAGUGCCUAAAGAGCAAUUAUCUGAUCUCGCGGUGAUCGCCAUAAACUACUCCGAGAGAUUCGAGGUAGACGAGAUAUGCCAAGCCUUUGUAAAGGCUCAUCCAAGAAGCUCUUUCAAGCUAGCGCUAGUCUGUUUGAGUAAAUAGGCGGGUGAAAAGAACACAAACAACUAUCGUUGUUGCACUGUACUCAUAGUUCUUAAUACUGCCUAAAAUUUAUACCUCUGAAAGCAAAAUGAAGAAAAUCUACAUAUUCUACAUAUUUAAACAUAACGCUAACCCAGGAGCUGGCUAACCCUAACCCUAACCCUCCCAUCUCCCACAUUCCUUUGGCCCUGGGACGUUUGCCUUGAACUCCCAUACUUACAACCCCCUCUUUAAAAAAAUUCUGGAUCCGCCCCUAGAAUACCCCUCUUCCCAUAAGCGGAGAUGGGAUUAGAAAUAUAAAAAAAAAUGGGCGGGGGAGGAGGGCUGACUAAUCUGAAAUGCCACCUGUUGUCCGAUCCUCGCAAGCGAGCAUCUCCAGUAAGGGAUCACUAAAUGUUCGUAUUUUGGGUGGUCGCUAAGGGAGAUUGACGAUAAUAAUUGAAGAGAGGACAAGCUCAACACUGUCAUGUCGUUAGUACAUGUUGUGUUUGGUAAAAAGCCUAAAACCAGACUUUGUAAAAACAACAAACAAAUAAAUACACGACCUUGUCGACUAUCCGAUAGAUAUAAUAUCAGUGAUUCUAACGCUCUACGCAAUUUACUUGUUCUCAUGCAGAUAUCGACGAGUGUUCUACCAACUCUCACAGCUGUGACGUCAAUGCAGUGUGUAGCAAUACGGCUGGAUCGUACGCAUGCGCGUGUAAAGCAGGAUUUACAGGCGAUGGAAAAACUUGCUCCGGUAAGCUGCUGUGACAAUGUCAAAAAUGACUUUCAAAACGAUGUAAAUGUGAUUCUAUGCCCCUCUAUUUGCUAUAUUCGCUCAGUACAUGAAAAAACGUCAAGAAAAAAGAAAGGAAAAAAAAAAAAAAAAAGAUUGACAUGACAUAAAUGAUAAAAAAAUUUCAAUUCAAGUAAAACAAAACAAAACAAGCUGAAAAGAAGUUGCAGAAAACAACUAAAUAUAAAUAAGUUUGAUGGCCUCAGCCGGGGUCACUUUUACCAAAAAAUAUUUAAUGGUAUUGCAGCUGAGCUAAUAGGAACACUUUGCCCGUAUUAUAUGUUAUGAAAAUCGUUUUUUUUUUUAUUUUUUAUUCCAUACUAUGUCUCACUCUUAAUAUUUUGCUACAAGGUAUUUGUAGUUAAGUGGGAUUAAUAACAAGAAUAUAUGACCUUACUGAUCACAAGAUCCGGUGCAUGACUUACAAGAAGGUUUCGAUCCUCUUUUUGUUUUUCCUAGACAUCGACGAGUGUUCUACCAACUCUCACAGUUGUGACGUUAAUGCUGUGUGUAGCAAUAAUGUGGGAUCUUACGCAUGCGCAUGUAAAGCAGGAUUUANGAUCCUCGCAAGUGAGCAUCUCCAGUAAGGGAUCACUAAAUAUUCGUAUUUUAGGUAGUCGCUAAGAGAGGAUCGACGAUAAUAAUUGAAGAGAAGACAAGCUCAACACUGUCAUGUCGUUAGUACAUGUUGUGUUUGGUAAAAAGCCUAAAACCAGACUUUGUAAAAACAACAAACAAAUAAAUACACGACCUUGUCGACUAUCCGAUAGAUAUAAUAUCAGUGAUUCUAACGCUCUACGCAAUUUACUUGUUCUCAUGCAGAUAUCGACGAGUGUUCUACCAACUCUCACAGCUGUGACGUCAAUGCAGUGUGUAGCAAUACGGCUGGAUCGUACGCAUGCGCGUGUAAAGCAGGAUUUACAGGCGAUGGAAAAACUUGCUCCGGUAAGCUGCUGUGACAAUGUCAAAAAUGACUUUCAAAACGAUGUAAAUGUGAUUCUAUGCCCCUCUAUUUGCUAUAUUCGCUCAGUACAUGAAAAAACGUCAAGAAAAAAGAAAGGAAAAAAAAAAAAAAAAAAAAGACAAGACAAAAAUGAUAAAAAAAUUUCAAAACAAAAAAAAAAAAACAAAACAAGCUGAAAAGAAGUUGCAGAAAACAACUAAAUAUAAAUAAGUUUGAUGGCCUCAGCCGGGGUCACUUUUACCAAAAAAUAUUUAAUGGUAUUGCAGCUGAGCUAAUAGGAACACUUUGCCCGUAUUAUAUGUUAUGAAAAUCGUUUUUUUUUUUAUUUUUUAUUCCAUACUAUGUCUCACUCUUAAUAUUUUGCUACAAGGUAUUUGUAGUUAAGUGGGAUUAAUAACAAGAAUAUAUGACCUUACUGAUCACAAGAUCCGGUGCAUGACUUACAAGAAGGUUUCGAUCCUCUUUUUGUUUUUCCUAGACAUCGACGAGUGUUCUACCAACUCUCACAGUUGUGACGUUAAUGCUGUGUGUAGCAAUAAUGUGGGAUCUUACGCAUGCGCAUGUAAAGCAGGAUUUAAAGGCGAUGGAUACACCUGCACUGGUGAGCCGUUUAAGUCUAAUGUAAAACGUUUGUUUGAUAUGUUUGUUUUUAUUUGUACUCUUCUUGCCCUUCCAAUAAAGUUUUUGGUUAGAUGGGAAAAAAUUACAGUAAAAUGACCGCUUGGAGUAAGCGAACAGACAAGCAAUAAAUAAAAAUAAAGUACAGGCGCCAGUGGUACAAAAGCUGGAUAUAGCGCCAUCCAAUGGAUAAAUCACAGUUCAGUAGAUAAGUAAUAUAUAGAUUUAGCCAGGGCUAAAAGCGAGGCUCCCAUUAAUAAAUUUAUAAUUUAAAUCAAACAAUAAACUUGUAUUCCACAAUUCAGUUAACUUUAGAGCACAUUCGUGUGACUUUUCAUGGAAAGGCUAAUUGAUUUUACAAAAAAUAAUUUGCAAGCAGCCCAAGAGUGAACCAAAUCUCACAUCGAGUUGAUAGCCUCAUAAGUACACCCAAAAACUGGCAAUCAUCUUCGAUCACAUUUAUUAAGAGCCAUAAUGGCUCAUGAUCGUCUUAGAUUAAUUAGGCCUGGAAAAAAAAUUCUGGCCGAAUUUUUUGCGUUCGACAAGUUUACUUUACAAAAUCUUGCCAACAAAUCUGGGUGCGACUGUAAACCAACCUUUUAUAUCAUUUAUACAUCACAUCUGAGGUGAAACAGUACUAUGAGGCACUGUUUUUAUCAUACAGACCUCGCACAACAGAAUGCAGUAUUUCACAAUAUUGCGAUACAAAUUGCUAUCAUUCAAUAUUCAGGACGAUCGCAGCACGCGUGGGCUUUAGCUAAACCGUUAAAAAAAAUUUUCAAAAUCAUCUAUACGGCCAGCCGGUUCUGACUUUUGCAGUGCUAGCAGUGGCGAGUGUUUGAAUGAACAUUAACAGAGUUACGCUCCAACAUAAUAAAGAAUUUAUUAUGUUUAUUUUUUAUUUUAAAACGGUUUAACGCGCGGCAUUUUGAGUACUCCGGGAAGCGUUGUUCACUGAACGACUGAAAACAAUCGACACAGCGAUUAAAAUUACAAGAGACAGUACUAACAAUUAAUAAAAGAAAUAUAAUUCGGAGAAACAUAUACAGAGACGACAAUUUUCAUUCAGGAAGACAAGUAUUAAAGUGUCUCUAAAAAUCCUGAGUCUUCGAGCUUAAAGCUGAAUUUUGUGUUUUAAGCCGGCUUCCCGGUGUUUGCUUUUUUCAAAGACGAACUCGAGGCAAGGAAAUCGCUCAAACCUUUCUUUUACAGUCAGAAUUAUAACUAAAUAUUCCUUGAAACGUUUUCUUUCUAUUUGCGGUGAGAAAAUGUCUAAAGGCUUUUUAAAGAUCUGUAAGCUUAUAACAAACCUGAUACGCGGUCAGAUCAUUGUCUCAAAUCUUACAAACGUGCGUAAACAAAAUAGCCGCAUAAACUACGCUCGACUUCAUUAAAUUAGGAAUAAAAAACAAACAUCAAAUACAAUAAUUACUUAGGCUUACCACUCGAGAUGCAGCUCCUGAAAGGUAUCAAGGAAGGCCAGUAUCGCUUCAGACUUUGCAACCCUCUUACGCAUUAAGCAAGGUGAAAACGAAAACGAUGCCAUCCGAAAUCGGAUUUCCGACUUUGACUCAACCAAAAACCCAAUAAACAAACUAGCCAUGAAUAACAGAAGACUCCUGAUAGAAUCUGAAUUUCAUUUUGUACAUCCAGUGGAAAAAGAAAGUUAAAAACAUCACAAGUUGACACAAAACUCUGUCAGCUUCAGCUGUCAAAGUAAACAAGAUUCAAGAUGCUGCAUAAAUUUUGCGCAUGAACUCACCUGUCAAAUUUUGACCAAUCAGAGCAUAAAAAUUGGACGUAGAGCGUGACCAACGCGUGAACAUGGCGAGAAAAGUCAAAAGCAACUGUCUUCCCUGCCUGUAGCAGCUGGCUGAAUUUUCGCGUCCGAGGUCAGUUUGAAAUCAAAAUUUUAAUUGUGCGGCACAUAAACACAACAUAUUUCAUAUGAAUUUAAAAAAAAAAUUAAACUUGAGCCUGCAAUCAUUUGAAAACAAGUACCUUGUCAGCGGAUAACUUCAAAAAAAUACUCGACCUCGAUGGGUCGACACCUGAGCCCGCGAUUCGCUCAAGUGAUACUGGUCAGCGGAUACCUUGUUUUGACAGCUGUCAAUUGAUCACAUUUCCUGUGCUCCGAUCCCAAACUAGCUAAAUAUUAAUAAUAAUAUCCAUGCUAAAAAGUAUGAGAUUGAAUAUUGUUUGCGAUCUAGUAAAACGAUUAACUGGUCAGCGGACAGCUUCCAAAUAAAUUACGUCACCUCGAUGAGUUGACAAAUGAGCCCGCGUUAUGGUCAUGGGAUACUGGUCAGUGGCUAUCCUGUUUUGACAGCUGUCAAUUGACUUUAUUGUGAAUGUCAUAUAAAAAAGAUGAGGACUUGCCAACACACGCCUGAGACACCCCUCCCUUCCUUUUGAUAGUCUCCCCUACCCUACCCGUACAAUCUGUAGACGCGUACGUACGUACGUACGCUCGGUCAGUCACGUGACAACCAAGCGAAAAGAGGUUGACCAUAUUCCAUGAGUAUGGGGCUCUGUCCCACGCGCGCUUCGCGCGCGCGGGAGCCCCGCUAUUAGGGAUCAACUGCGCUAUCCACUGGAUAGAGAUUUGUCGAGUGGAUACGGUUAUCCACCUUUUGAACAACUGGGGCUAGUUCGGCAAGAUGCGCAAAGUCGUUAGACGUGUGUAAAUGCAUUUUUUUUUUGUCAAAUAAGUGCAACAAAAUCGAUUGUUUAAACCUGCGACCAACUUUUUUUUUUUUUUUUUAUCUUGAGCAUGAAAUAAUUAAGAAUCCUUCAGGAAACGGGGUAAUUUCAGUGGACCAAACCCUUGUACCAGAAUAAUUUAAAGGAUAUUGCAGUCUUUUUUUACUAUUUUCAAGGGCUAUUAAUAAUCAUACAUUGUAAUUAGUUAUCUGAAAUAACUGCAAAGACUAUUUCUCAUGGGAACCCGAGAAAAUAAAAUGUCAAAUUUCACAACAGUUGUGAAAACACGGGUAAAAUUCUGAAAAUGUCAUGUGUAAGAUGUCUUUUUGUGAAAUUUGACAUAUAUUUUCUCUGGCUCUCAUAAGAAAUUACGUUUGGUGUUACAUGUAUUACAGAUAACCAAUAAUUACAUCUAUAGCCCUUGAAAUAUGUCAAAAAGAAUGCGAUAUUGUAUUAAUUAAUCUGGUACAAGGUUUUUGUUUUUGUCCACUGAAAAAUAAAAUUACUCAAUUUCCUGAUGGAUUCCGUCUUAAUUCUGUUUAACUUGUUUCCUCUUUGCGAAGAAAAUGGUUAUACAGGUUAUGAUUACACUUACUUUUAAUUUAUUGUUCCCUUUUUGUAGAUAUUGACGAGUGCACCAGCGGUACUCACAACUGCCACAGUUCACUUGCUUCAUGUACAAACACAGCGGGAUCCUUUAGUUGUACAUGCAACAGUCCUUACUUCGGAGAUGGCAGAAGUUGCUAUAUACCAUCAGGUGAUAAUUCCCCGAAUAUUACGGGGAGAUGUCCAUUCACUAAACCCUUUACACUCGUUAGAGGCGCAUCAUUCCGGGGGGGGGAUCUUUCAGUAGAUAUUUGCUGGGUAUGUGCCGCUGGCCUCUCAGAGCCGCUACCCCUUAUAGUCUAUUCUGUGACCAAUUAUAGAUUGUUGAACCCAUCUUAGUCACUUUUAGGCAGAUAUGUAAUUUUCGCGAUCCCAACUUAGUCACUCUCUAUUUUCAUGAACUGACCAUUUUUUUUUUUUAAACUAAAUGAAGAGCACUUUACUUUUAACCUACAAUACAAACAUUCUGGUACCUUUCCUAACCGUAAAUACUAAGAACUGUCUUACCCCAAGAAAUACGAAAAUGUGAGACCCCAAUCUAGUAACUCUUUUGAAGAUGGGACACCAUCCAGCUGCACAUCCCCAUUAGCCUCUUAUAAGGAAGUACCCCUCCCCCCGGGACAUUACUCUGACGGGGCUUCAGUUGAAUGUUAAUAUUACCCAGAUCUCUUGCCAACGAAGCCAAAAGCGAGAUCUGGUCAAUUAAUCAAAUUCAAUUUUCUAUUUUAUUACCCACUUAAACGACCUAUAUAACAUUAUAGUGGGGGAGGGACAUUAGUAUUGUCAUCAGCGCGCGCUACUGUGUCUGCAAUAUUAAUUCAUUCUUCACAAAAUCUUUUUCUUGUCGCUCCCCCUUUUGCUUGCCUCAUUACGAUCCACGAAUAGGUGUAUCGAUCAUGACCAGCUUUGCACAAUACAAGUCCAAUUGACGAACAAGAGAAUGGAAAAGUUUCCUUUUUAAGAUUUCUUAUAUAUUAAGUAAAUUCUUGUAUUGUAACAGUUUACUUACUAGUGACUUCUAUUAUGUAGGGAUCGGAUCGUCCAUCAUUCUCCUUCCCAGAGCCUAGCUUCGACCCUUUUGCGGGUCAGCGUCGGCUAUCCACGCUGACCAAACGAAGAAUGAUCUUUCAGUAACGCCUGGUUAGAUUGUGGUUAUACUCGUUUCGUACCCACUAGAUUAAGCAAGCCUUUUAAUUACUGUUAGAGUUUCCUACAUUUCUGGGAUUUACUGUCUCCUGCAACCUCUUAUGUUGAGCAGUAUUUCAAGAUCGCAGUUUGGAGAUUAACGGACUAAUUUUUAUAGACAUACUACAAUAAUGCACUGCACGUAUAAUGGUAGUUUCUUGGUGAUGCAGAGAAGAAAACUAAUCAAUACCCACAACACAAAACAAAGGCGUCGGUUUCCGCAACACCAAGAAACACCCAAGAUAAAAUACAGAGUUCAGUGCUCCAUAGAAAAGUUGAAGAGUACGUUUUUUUAGUCUCGACUUGAGCAAGAAAAUAGAAGAGGAACAAAAACAUUACGACAACGACCACAUAAGCUGCCAUGAACUGAUCGGAUGGACUCAUGAUCAGUGGCCAAUUUAAAACUUUGAGCAUCAUCAAUCAAAGGGUUCUUGAUCCAUUUUUUGCGAGAGAUAAAGAGGCUUCACUAUAAGAAAUAUAUGAAAAUGGCGCGUUGUAAAUCUGUUGCACAAGGCGAAUAGUACUGGGGUGCUGCAUACUUGAGAGGUUUAACCAGCAAAAAUCACUUUGUCGUUAUACCCUUCUCACGAAAAUAGUUUAGUUUAAACGGAAGCAGGGGAGUGAGAUUGGAAGGGGCCACAAGCUUAAAAUCUUGUUUCUUCCCAAUAUUACUUAUUCAAUAUUUUACCGUUUCUGACUUUCUGUCCCGCCGCUUAAUCCUCACAACCGCCACACGGUUACCAUAUUUGGAAGCCGAUGUAGGCAGUACCCAAUCGAUGGCAUGCUCCUCCUCGAUCUGCAUAAUCCUUCACAUCAUACUCAGCCUCAUUCAAUAAUUGUUAAAUAUAUGAAAUCAUGAUUUGUGACUCAGUAAGGUUCUCAACAGAAGAGGAAAACUUUCAUUGUUUCCACCAUGUUAAAGCGGAGAGUCGAAAAAUCAUCCACAUUGAUCACGCUGUUUAUUUAUCGAGCCAAGAAUAAGUCGGUGAAGUGAGACGCAAACAAUUCUUACGUGUACCAGUCACUGACCGGUUUGCAAUUCUGCAAAACUUAUCAAUUCCCAUUAUGUCGCGUCGCAUCGCAGUUAGAUGUAGUGACACUCUCUUCGAACGUUUUUCCCUCUUGUUCGAUUCACGAUAACUGUGGAAAUUUCUGUAUUUUGGAUAGCCGUUUUGCGAAGGCAGGAAGACGCUUAGGGCCUGUUUACAUGGAGGUGAGGGUCCCCAGGUUAGUGAGGUGACCUACUUAGGUAGGGUAACCUGCCUGUCCAUACAAUCUAGUUACCCCCACCUAUCAUAUAAACUUGAUCAAAUUAAAACGAGAGAUUAUAUGGACAGGCGAGUUACCCACCUACACGUGAACAGGUCUUUAAACUGUGUACUUGAGGUCGUGCAAUGUAUUUGCAUAAUUAUAUCUGACCAACCUUCGUUAUUUUGACUGCUUUUGCGUUCCCAUUUUAUUAUUUUUUUUUUAGUUAAAAAGAGAAAACCUUUAUUUAGCAAUCCUAUUGAAGUGGAAUAUUAAGUAACAGUAAUAUUUUAUCAGCCUACCCCAUAAAAUGGCUUUUCAGCAGACUUUAAGAUUGCAAUUUAAUAAUUAACUUUACAAUAGGUGAAUUUUUUUUUGGCAAAAAAAAAUGAAAUAAGGAAAUGACGCUUCUUCACUUCAGCCUUAAGCUGUUCGAGAUUUUUCUAUAUUACCUGAAGAUUCUGCAAAGUCAUUCCAGAGGCGGACUGCUCAUUGCCGCUGACCGGCAGUCAAACUAAAGGAAGGCAUGUCUAACUUGUUUCUGUUUUCGAUAUUACGAGAGUGCGCAUCGACCAUUUUCUUAAACCUGUUGCAGAUAACGGGCUGGGCAAGUCCCUUAACAUGUGUUAAAUAAAUUCGUAUUUUUUUAAGGCUUGUCAAAAAACGCAAGGUACGCGUUUUAUCACUGGUUAAAAAAUCUUACGCUUAUUACGCUCGAAUGUUAAACUCGUGAUAAAACACUGCUGUUCGUGUUUUAAACAUUAAUAAACACGGAACGCUUUCAGACUAGAAAACGAUUGUUUUUCUUUUUCCUGCAUUGAGAUACAUUACCUUAGAAUUAAACGCCAAAAACCAGUCACCAACAAUUGACAAUCAACUUGAACGAAAUGGAAUAAGAGUGAUAAAAAUUAGUUUGAAACAGCGUGGAUACGCUUUUGUGUGGCGUUUUCGCUCCAUGCCGUCGCAAUCGUGCUUGCUUAAUAUGCUUCUUUUAUGGAAAGAGACCGUCACUGAUAGGGAGAUCGGGUAUGCCAAAUAUAGAGAAUAUGGUCUCUACGUCUCCGACUGAGAGGGACUAAACUUUAACGUCACUGAAAUUCGCAGUAGGCUGCGAGAUUAAAAGCUCACCGUUUGAAGAGAGAGCAUCAUGCCGCUAGCACGCAACCUCAGAGAGAAAAAAACUUUAUAGGCGUUUCUUAUUUUGCGCUUUUCAGCCUGAUCAUUAUGAUAACAAGCUUCAAGCGUAUCUGACACUUGCUAGCUUGUUUUUAUAAAGGGAAGAUCUCCAGGAAGUCUAGACUAAGUUCGCUGCUUUCCGUUAUUUGCUCUAUUAGAUUCCUUGACGCACACGGAUCCGUGCAGAAGAAGAAAAUGAAAUUGCAGGCAAUGAAAAAAUCAAACAGGAAUAGUUCAUACUUCCUUUUGAGUUCGUAGCCAUCCUCACUCAAGGGAUUUUGAAACUCGACCUUGCUGCCAACGUUCCAAGGCAACCUUAUAGCACAAGACCACCCAGUAAAAUUUUUUUGUUUGUUUUACAGUUACAAAGGCAAAAAGUAAAAGGAUUUUAUUACCGACACCACGACGCGCGGGAUUUGUGAGUUUUCUUAGAUAGCCACAUUUUCAUAAACUAACUGAGUUAUUCCUCGCGCGUUGAUUGGAUAAUUUCUAUCAAUAAGAAGUGAACAGACAUAAAAUUUUAAUUUCUGCAAGACGGAACACCCGCUUAGUACGGAUACCCGUAUAUAAAGGACAGUUUCUAAAAUUUACCCUUUAAUACGGACACCGAUUAAUACGGACACAAUGGACACUUUUCUGUGUCCUGAGGCACAAACUCUGUCAACCCUGCUAUUUACGGGCACUGGCUAUCUGCUUACCGUC